GAAGACAGCGAGCAAUGGCAUCCCGCGUAGCCUGGUCACUACUCCGCUCUCCGGUGCUCCCAGUAUCCGUGGUGCUCUUCACCGCGCAUACAUUGUACCGACCUCACGUAGCACUCGAUGCACCUCCCAAACCGAAGCGUGCGAAAGAGCCCACCGCGUCAGAGCUCUUUCCUCCUACGCUUCCCCAUCCGUCAGGUGCUACGCUCACUCUUCUGGGUACGGGAAUACGCACCGUGACGUUCAUGCGCAUGAAAGUGUACGAAGUCGGUUUCUAUGCGGAUCUGAGUGAGGUCGCGCUGGAGGAAGGGGAGAAGAGCGCAGCGGAGCGAAUGAAGGGACUGCUUGAGGGUGGGGACGUGCUCUUACGCAUUGUACCUUCCCGGCGCACGAACUUCACUCACCUCCGGGAUGGGUUCAUCAAAGCCCUCCAACAUCGCGUCGCGCUCCUCCCCUCCCGGCCUCCCGAAUCGACCCAGCUCGCAGUAGGAAAGCUCCUCACCCUCUUCCCCAACGCGCCCAUGUCCACUACUUCAACACUCGACGUGGCCUAUUUCCACCCCGGGCCGACGUCAAGCCAACAGGGUACGCGGGAAUGGAAGUCUAAUGAUGGGAGCAAGGUAGCCCGUUGGAGCUGGAAGAGCGGCAAAACUGAGGGAUGGCCCGACGCAUGGGUUCUGGUGGGGUGCGAUGGGCGGGAGCUUGGGAGGAUCGAGGACGGGUGGGUUGCGAGGGAAUGGGUGUUGGCGUACUUUGAUGCGAGCAGGGAGAUCUCGAAAGGGCUCAGGGACGGCGUAGGGAAGAGGCUUAAUGACCUUGCUAAGGAGGGACCGGCGGUGCCCACUGGAGAAAAGCCCGUCAAGCUCAACUGGGUCUCGUAGCAUGAAUAUGCCUUAUGAAGAGAACGCUAAUCACCGGAACAAUGUACAACAACUUAUCUCAUUCUGAGCUGCUGAUUUA